AUGAAAUACGCACAAGUGCCAGCAACAGCAUUUCAGUCUGGAAAAUUAAUUAAGAUUGAACACUACAGCUAUAGUGCGAAUGAUCAAAUAGGGUCUGGUUUCAGCAGUUCUGUGUACAAAGGGAAGAAUGAAAAUACUAAUGAGACCGUUGCGAUAAAAAUAAUAGAUAGAAGUAAAAUAACGAAUGAGGUUGAAGAAUUUUUGUUGAAUCAGGAAAUACGAGCCUUGUCGUUGAUGAAUUCUGAAAAUGUUGUGAAAAUGUAUGAUUAUUAUCAUAAGCCUCAUUGCACUUACAUUAUUACUGAAUACUGUAAUUAGGGUGAUUUGGGAUAAUUGAUAAAGAAGAAACAGAGAAUAGAUGAAAUAGAGGCUAUAAAAAUAAUGAAGCACAUUGUAAAUGGUUUUAAAGAGCAGGUAGCCAAGGGAGUGAUACAUAGAGAUUUGAAGCCAAUAAAUAUUUUAAUACGAAAUGGCAUUCCGAAGAUCGCUGAUUAUGGAUUCUCUAAAAUGAUGAAUGCUCCUCCAGAAACAAUAUAUUACAAUGUAGGUACAGCCCUGUAUAUGAGUCCGUAAACGAUGAUAAAAAAUGUUUAUUCCGAGAAAACUGAUAUUUGGAGCUUGGGAGUCAUAUUUUAUGAGAUGUUGUACGGAUAAGUACCGUUUUAAGCAGCAAAUGAAAAAGAUUUAGCCUAAGUAAUGCUGAGAACAACCCCAGCAUUUCCUUAAUAAGUCCCUGUGUCUAGAGAAACAAUAGAGUUUAUUUUAAAAUGUUUAUCAGUAGAUGAAACGAAAAGAUUUUGCUGCAGCGAUCUAGAACAUCAUCCUAUUUUCUAUAGAAGACAUACUAUGACUGCGCCUAGACCACUGGCAGACAGAAAUUCAUCAACUCAGAACAGAGAUCAUAGGUCUCCUCAGAGAGCCACGGAAUAUCAGCCAACAAGAAAAAUAAAUUUGGUAGCUCAAACUGCAAUGCCUCAAUCAGCUUUGAAGAGUAGAGAAAGUGUUCGAUUUAUGACUCAAAAUGACGAAGUUAUUUAGGCUUAAUUCCAAUUCGUGGAGCUAAUGUUCAGGAUACUUCGAAUAUUGGAGAAAUAAGUUGUGUUCAAUUAGGAACAAUAAAUCAAACUAAAAUUCUUGAUUAUUAAGAAUAUGUUUUUUAAAACCAUUUUGUUAAGGGAAGUAGUUGAAAAGAAGCGGAACGUAUUUUAACUUUAUGAAUUUGAUGUGUACAUAGAGUCAAUUGGAAAAUACACAAGCCAAGUAAAUCAAUUAUAUUUGAUUUCAAAAGAAUAUCAUGACAAAUAGUAUUAAAUGAUAGAAGGUAAUCAAUAACUGAAGCAAUCUUUGCUCAAAGAUAGAUGUUUCUAAAAAAUAUAUGAAAACUUCAAAUCUGUAACAGAAAGCUAUGAAUUUUAUCUCUUAUUUAGUACUUUAUUGCAGAGAUGCAUAAGAGAUCUGUUCAAUAAAUGUAAUAAUAAAUUAGCAGGAGUCAGUGAUUCUUAGUAAUUACAAUUACAAGAGGAAACCAUGGUAUAUGUUCUAGAAUAGCUUACCUUUUAUUACAGCUUGUUGAAAUUGAUAAUUGAAAAUAACAAUAAUUUCCAGGUGUUCACCAAGAAAGCAUAAAUCUAUAAAAUUCUACAAGCCACUCCAGAACAGAUAACGAAGAGCAAUUUGAUGACUAUCAGACAAUCAAUAUAAGAGAUGAAAAUAUGA